AUCCGGCUGCGGUGCCAGAAGGGGAUCCCACCCUCGCUGCGAGGCCGUGCCUGGCAGUACCUCUCCGGCAGCAAGGUUAAGUUGGAGCAGAACAUCGGCAAGUUUGACGAAUUGGAUCUCCUCCCGGGGGACCCAAAGUGGCUGGAUGUGAUCGAGCGAGAUCUCCAUCGGCAGUUCCCCUUCCACGAGAUGUUUGUCUCACGCGGAGGCCACGGGCAGCAGGACCUGUUUCGGGUGCUGAAGGCGUACACGCUGUACCGCCCGGAGGAGGGCUACUGCCAGGCCCAGGCCCCCAUCGCUGCUGUCCUGCUCAUGCACAUGCCGGCCGAGCAAGCCUUCUGGUGCCUGGUGCAGAUCUGCGAGAAGUACCUCCCUGGCUACUACAGCGAGAAGCUGGAGGCCAUUCAGCUGGACGGGCAGAUCCUCUUCUCGCUGCUGCACAAGGUCUCGCCCGUGGCCUACAAGCACCUGAGCAAGCAGAAAAUCGAUCCCAUCCUCUACAUGACAGAGUGGUUCAUGUGCGCCUUCUCCCGCACGCUGCCCUGGAGCUCCGUCCUGCGCGUCUGGGAUAUGUUCUUCUGCGAAGGGGUGAAGAUCAUCUUCCGGGUGGGUCUCGUGCUGCUCAAACACACCCUGGGCUCCUCGGACAAGCUCAAGUCCUGCCAGGGCCAGUACGAGACUAUGGAGAGGCUGAGGGCCCUCAGCCCCAAGAUCAUGCAGGAGACCUUCCUGGUGCAGGAG